AUGUCGUCGUCCGAUGAUGAUACAUUUCCCGUCAAUCGGAAUGAAGCUAUGGAUGCCAUCGAAAAGAUGAUUAAGCUCGAAGGAUUGGAAAAGCUUACUAGCUCGAAAAUUCGGGCUCAUCUUAGCACUACUUUUAAUCAAAAUUUCGAUGGCUAUCGAAAAGAGGUGGAUGAAUUAACAAGGAAAGUCAUUGAGAGGAGAGAAAAGACGAUAGAGGCGUCGUCCAGCCAUUCUGCUGAAGCCGUGCCGAAGUAUCCUCAGCACUUUUCUCCGGUAGGUCCCCCUCAUCCUUCUGAAAGUGACAGUGAUAGUUCUGAUGAAGAUGUCGUCAAUGACAGAAAUAUUUACCCGAAAAAGAAGCGUAGUCUCAAAAGGAAAGCCGAGAAUAAUGACGGAGAAGUCGACUUGAUGACAGCAGUAAAACAUCGGCGAAGAGCAGCAGCUGACAGAGCGGUUCAGAUAUUGAAGAAGACUGCUGAUCGUACUGACAGAUCGAAGAAGAGAGAUAAAAACGCGCCGAAGGAAGACCACUCUGGAAAGUUUGGUCGUAUGACAAAACUUUGCUUGCUGAGUGAGGAACUCCAAAGUAUCGUGGGAGCUCGCUUCAUGAAGAGAUGUGAUGUUAUAGCGAAGAUGUGGGAGUAUCUCAGAGCCAACAACCUUUUCGAUCCAAAAGAUAAACGUUUCUGCUUCGUAGAUGAUAAACUGAAAGGGAGUUUCUUUGCAAGAUUAGGUCGACGUGUUCGAAGCAAAAGUCCGGCUGUGUCUCGUCUGUCAUCUGAAACGCCAAAAACCUGCAAGAAUCAUUGUGCACAUUCCGGUGCCGAUGGUUGUGCAAAUGAUGUAGAUUGUGCUGAUCUCUGCCAUAGUCCACAUCUAUUUGGCUCAUUCAUACAUAAAUUAUCGCGAAGGAAAUCAAAAAAGUCUAGUGGAAAGCUUGACGGGCACUUUUCGAAGGAUGAGACCCAUACGUUGCCACAUGACAUUGGUAAGACCAUUCAGCAGGCAAAACUUAGCACUCCACGAUCAGCAAUGAGUGAGAGUGACCUCCGCCAUGUAACUGUUUGUCGUGGCACGGAUGUUGCUCUUACACCUAUGACAGGUGUUUCUCAAUUUGUGUCCGAAGAUAAUCUUGCUGUUGCCGAAUGUGGUACACCGGCAUACCGUGUACCGAGCUACAUACGAGUCAGUUGCGCUCUGAAUGGGUACACGAAAUCACCGCGACAUCUUGAGAGUAGUGCCACUCGUUCGUUGGGCCGUAGUCUUGUAGAGCGUAGAUUGGGAAUGUUUGAAUCAAUCUCUUCAGACAGGAGGGAGUUACUAAAUCAGAUCGGCAAGGAGAGUCCCGGUGAUCAAACUAUGGGUACAUCGUUUUCAACUCCUGUCAGAGCACUGAUCAGACAGUUCGAUCGACUCCAGUUGUGCAGCAAGGAUAAAAAGAAUGCCACAGAGAGCUGUGAACCCAUCAGAUCAUUUGUGACCAAGCAGCCGACUUCUCCAACCUUAGGAUCUCAUUCAGUCGAGAAGUCUGCGAAGUCGGGGCGCAUUUUAGAUGACGUGAACGAACGAUCUUCUGAUCCCCCAACUAUAAUCGGUUUGAUGCCAGAUGUUCCUGUAAUGGGAACUGAUAUGCGAACAGGAGAAGACUUCGACCGUCUACUUGAAUCAGUUAGGUCGAGGCUUCAAGCAUCCAUAGCACAAGUGUUGUCUGAACUUGAAGAGGUUGAAUCAAUACCUGAGGAAGCAGAGUCUUCAAUAAGAAUCGCUGCUGGAAAAGCUCAAUUGUUGGUUCGGAACAAAUUAUCCAAAUUUGAGGAGCUGGUAAAGAAGCAUCUGAAUCCAAUCAAGGGUGAUCCACAACCGGCUACUGUUGACGAUUUAGAGGGUUACUGGGCUCUCGUUGAAAUAGAACUUCUUGACAUUGAUGAAUGCUUCAAAAAGGUAUGUCGCUCAGUUACAUAA